CGCUGCUGCAGGCUGGCCCCCUGCGGCUGCCUGGGGGGCGGCGGCGGGCGGGCUGCCGGGAUGAUCCGGUUCCGGAGCUCCAGCAUCAGGUCGCUGAGCCCGGAGAUGAAAUGCACCGUGCGGCUGCUGGACGAUUCCGAGAUCUCCUGCCACAUCCAGAGGGAAACUAAAGGUCAGUUUCUCAUAGAUCACAUCUGCAACUAUUACAGCUUGCUGGAAAAAGACUAUUUUGGCAUUCGAUACGUUGACCCUGAGAAGCAGAGGCACUGGCUUGAGCCCAACAAAUCAGUCUUCAAGCAAAUGAAAUCUCAGCCACCAUAUACCAUGUGCUUUAGAGUGAAAUUCUACCCACACGAACUCUUGAAGAUUAAAGAAGAGCUCACCAGAUACCUCUUAUAUCUACAAAUAAAAAGGGACAUUUUCCAUGGCCGUUUGUUGUGUUCUUUUUCCGACGCGGCCUACCUGGGUGCCUGUAUUGUCCAGGCUGAGCUUGGUGAUUAUGAUCCUGAUGAACAUCCAGAGAAUUACAUCAGCGACUUUAAGAUUUUUCCCAAGCAGUCACAAAAGCUCGAGAAGAAAAUAGCUGAAAUGCAUAAAAAUGAUUUCAGAGGUCAGAGCCCUGCUGUUGCUGAAUUUAACUUGCUCCUGAAAGCAUACUCUUUGGAAACUUAUGGUGUUGAUCCUCAUCCUUGCAAGGACUCAACUGGGACAACUACAUUUCUGGGAUUCACAGCUGCAGGAUUUGUAGUUUUCCAGGGAAAUAAAAGAAUUCAUUUGUUAAAAUGGUGUGAUGUCUAUAAACUGAAAUUUGAAGGGAAAACAUUUUAUGUGUUUGGAGCUCAGAAAGAGAAAAAGGCUGUGCUGUCAUUCCAUACCUCUACACCAGCAGCCUGCAAGCAUCUUUGGAAAUGUGGUGUGGAGAACCAGGCUUUUUACAAGUAUGCAAAAUCCAGCCAGAUCAAGACCAUGUCCAGCAGCAAGAUAUUUUUUAAAGGCAGUAGAUUCCGAUAUAGUGGAAAAGUAGCCAAAGAGGUUGUGGAGGCAAGCUCUAAAAUCGAGAGGGAUCCUCCUGAAGUUCACAGAGCCAACAUUACACAGAGUCGCAGCUCUCCCUCCUUGAACAAGCAACUCAUAAUCAAUAUGGAACCUCUACAGCCCCUCCUUCCUUCUCCCUCUGAGGAGGAAGAGGUUCCUUUUGAUGAAGGUAUCCAACUGCCAAAGGAAGAUGAGAUUUCAGUGCCUGUGACUUCAAGCUCCCCAGUUAAGGCAACUGGGGAGAAUGUCAACCUUGCCACUGAACAGGAAGAGAAGAUGAAAGAGGAACCUCUAACCAUCUCAGAACUGGUAUACAAUCCUAGUGCCAGCUUGCUGCCUACCCCCGUUGAUGAUGAGAUUGACAUGCUCUUUGAUACUUGUCCAAGAGUAGAGAAUGAGAAAGAAGAUAUAGAUUCAUUUGAGGAACUGGAGGCAGAUGAAAAUGCAUUUCUAAUUGCAGAGGAGGAAGAACUGAAAGAAGCUCGGAGAGCGCUUAGGUGGAGCUAUGACUUUCUAAUGGGCAACAUUGAGGUGAAUGCUUUUGUGAAAAGUUUCUCGAGACUUCUCUUUGUAGGCCUUGGACUGUUGUUUUUUGUGUUCCCUCUUCUCCUUGUUCUCUUGGAGUCGGAUCUUCAAAUCUCAUUUCUCCAUGAAAUUCGUCAGACGCCAGAAUUUCAGCAGUUUCAUAUUGAAUAUUACUGCCCCCUUAGGCAGUGGGUGGCUUGCAAAGUAAACUUCAUCCGUGACAUGCUGGGCAGCUUUUAAAAUUUAAAAAAAUGCGAUACAACUAAGGGCUAUAUUCAAAAUUUCAGUUAGUGCCAGAUUUCCAUAUUCCUCCUUGGGGCCACCAGCCUGAAGAUGUCUUCAUUACAUGGGAAUCUCAUUAAUAUUUACAAGUAUCUACAUGGUGAGUGUCAGGAGGCUGGGGCAUCCCUUUUUUCUAUUGAGUCUAGCAACAGGACAAGGGGUAAUGGGAUGAAGCUGGAACACAAAAAGUUCCAUUUAAACAUAAGAAAAACUAUUUCACUGUGAGGAUGAGGGAGCCCUGGCACAGGCUGCCCAGGGAGGGUGUGGAAUCUCUUUCCUUGGAGGUCCCUUCCAAACCCUAUGAAUCUAUGAUUCUUUACAGGCUCUUCAGAUUCUUAAGUUCCCUUUACAUACUUAAAUUACAUCUUUAGUUACAGGCUUUUACAAUCACCUUUCAAUAACCAAAAAGAAACUUUAAUUGCAUUUCAGACUUCCUGAUCAUCUAUUGUAAGACGGUCACAGUAAGUUUCAUUGUCCUUAAAUUUUCAAUCCAUGAUACUAAAUCCAAUGAAACCGAAAGAAAAAAAAUUUUGAAUAUACUCCUUAGUGCAGCAAUCUCUUCUAACCAAUGCCUAUACAAGCAGUGUUUAUGCUGGGUUUUUGUUUUUCUGUUUGUUUUUCUGUUUGUUUGAUUUUCUACAGUUUUAUGUGUUUAAAAUAUUUUGGUAAAUUUUUAGGAAAAGUCAACUUCUGAUGUUAUUUAAAUGUACAAAAUGAUAAAAAAUAGUGCACAAAGGCAUGUAGGGUGUUUUUAGUGUUUUAGCAAUUAUGUGUUUUUAAACUAUUGGCUGGAGAACGAAUGAGUUUAAUACAGCUCUGUACAGAGGGACUAUGGUUUGUGAAAUACAUAGAAAGUUCACUCAAGUUCAGUUGGCACUGCCUGGGGAAGGUAAAAGGACACCAAGUGUGGAGAAGAAUUUCCGAAAGGCACAUUGUGGAGUUUGGGGAAGUGAGCAGAACUGAAAGUAAUGAACCUUCCUCUUACCUGUCAGGUCACUUUGUCUGUGCUGUAGAAAGUAUGUUUUGGAAGAGAGCGAGUCUUCAGUCUAAAUGUAGAUUAUUGUACAUAACAUAGAAGAAGAUACUAGUAAGUAUCAAAAGAAAAAAAAAAGAAAAAAGAAAACAACAAAAAACAGUCAAAACUCUAGCUAAAUUGUUAGGUGAGUGACCUACUUUUAAACAUGAUAGAGAAGAAAAAUUUAUUCCUUUUAAAAGCAAAGCAUUAGGCUGUACAGUUGACAUAAAAGUAUUCUAACUCACAGUUAAAGGCUUAAACACUUUAAGAGAUGCAUCUUCAUCCUUGAUGCCCGUUAUUACUAAUCUCUAAGACAACAUAUUUUCUGUGCAUACUAAUGUACUUCCUUUCAUCAAUAGCAGCAUACUUACCCUCUUUCCCUGUUACUAUGAGAUCAGUUACAUGACCUAAUGCUGUUUCAUGUAACAUGGAUUUGUGUAUCUAAAGGUAUUCCAGUAUAGCUUAGAGAAUACACUAAGUAAAGUCUUUUCAAUGCUGAGACUAUUUGAAGGCCCUCAAAUAUACCACAGGUGUUGUAUUAAGAGGAGAAAAGUUUUGUUCUUUUUUCCCUUCCCUGAUCUUAGUGCAGAUAUAUUUUGUAUUUGAACUAAGAACCUGUGAUUUUGGCCUCAGAGUCUUUCUCCUGCUUAGAGAUUUAUGAGUUGGAGAUGUAUUAGAGGCUGUUUUAUCAGUUGUGCAUUUAACACAUUGUAACCACAUCUCUAGCUCUUACUGGAUAAAUUCCUUUUGUUUUGCCAUCAGAAUCAGUUUUGCUGUUUUCUCAUGUAAGCUUUUGAAAAUAUCUAGUUUGACAAUGACAAUUUCCUUAGAGAAUUUCUCCUUCCCUUCUAAUCUUCUCCAGUUUUUAAAGGAUAAAACAAUUACAGGGCUUAGGAGUUCGUUUUCUCUGUUGAAAACUUUCACAUGUCUAUUAAUUUCCCAGACAACAAAGGCUAAAUUAGAAAAUUGCCUUUUUUCUCUUGUCUUUCUUUGUCCUUGCCACUCUGUUCCUCAGAAGAAUCACUGUUCAUUAGUUAGUUAACCUGGUGUGUUUCUUCUUCGGUUACGUGCAGCUAAGUGAUCCUUUCCCAUAAGUCAAUAAUCAUUGAAUCUAAUAGAAAUUGAGAGUGAACUGAAGUGAACUGAAGCAGAUAUUUGGCCUUAACAGGAAAUCGUUCAUUUGGACUGUUUCUAAACAAAGGUGUCAGAAAAGGUGUUUGGAGUGGUGAUGCUGUGAGACCUCGCAUCCAGCUGGACUGUGGAGACAUGGUUCCAUACGUGCUCCUAUGGAAUUAUGAUAAUUAUUUAUUAAAAAAAAAAUCCUAUGCUCUAAAAUAUGGUCUUGUCCCUGUAAAUUACAGCACUCCAGAAGCAGGACUAUUGUUAUGCUUGAUUUAACUCUAUCAGAAAAUAGCUGAGUUGCGUGAGAACGUAAUCUCAGAAAAUAUGCAGUGCACUGAGGUUUUAUGUAGGGUUAAACGCAAGCAUGGGUGUGCACACAUGCCUGGCUUUACUAACCAUGUGUGUAUAUUCAGGCCUGGCCUUUUAAAAUUCUUCCCUUCCUUCCUGAUAUUCUCUGCUCUGUCAAAGUAAUUUUACUGAAAGUCAUGAGAAUACUAUAACUUAAAGACCAAGACCACCUAAUACACACAGAAGGAUAUGGUUGGGCAUAUUCAGGGAAAGGAGCAGUCUAGAAUUUUAUUGCUGAGGAUGAAAGACUUGGAUUAUGGAGCAUCUAUAAGUACAGUAUUGUGUAUUUCUGUCUGUGCUUGGAUUAUAUUGUAAAAUGUUACGUACUUGAAAUCUAUUUUGUGGUUUGUCUAACACUUAUAAACACAACUCUGGGAUGAAUUAAAAAUGGUUUUAUUUCAUGGAGACUAAGGGGAAAAUAUACCUGUAACUUGAGCCUUAUCUUUGUACAGUGAAUUUCACAUUUCUAUAUGUCAACAUCCUGAUUGUUUUGUAUGUUGAUAUGAUGGCAGGAAUCCCUAAUAAAAAUACA